UUCUCCCUGGCCACCACAAUGGAAGCGGUCUUCGACAACAAAACAAACAUCCUGAACGCCCACAUCCGUGCAGUCCAUGACAACUCCGUACUUUACACUCUCCGCACAAAAUUUGGCUAUCGUGGAAGGAAAGAUACUGUCCUGCUGGAUGAGAAUCCUAUUCCUGGCGCGUCGGCGACGGUUGGCGCGAUUCACUGGCAAGAGAAGUCGCUGGAAAUAACGGGCCAUCGGAAACCGUGCUCAGAGCUGAGGAGGCACACCGGGAGGUUCUUCAAUCGAACGCAGCAUUGGCGUUGGUCGCAGGACCGUAAGGACUAUCAUAUAUUUCUCGAAGGCGAAGAAUGGAAAGCGACUUUGAAUCAAAACAUGCUUAUCGCUGGCCGUUUCGCUGUUCCUCGUCCACAUCUGUUCAGCAAACAGCCACCUACACUCCUGCAUCUCACCAAAACGGCACUUGUGGAAGACGAAAUAUUCCUCAUCCUCGUGUUCAUUUAUUGCGAAACAAAGCGGCAAAACAAAACGAAUAGUUCCAUUGUGGAUCCUGGCGGUUGGUAG